AUGUCUGCAGUGUUUGAAAAGGGCGAAGAAUGGCAUCAGCGGCAGUCCUUUUGCCAGAGUCUUUGGAAAAACAUCAACAGACUCACGUCGUUCCUGCCCUACCCUGGUGUAGUACGAAAGGAGCCUCCGCUAUUUUUCUUACCUGAGUGCCUUCUCCGCGAGAUCUUCGAGCUCCUUCAGCCAGUCGAUCAAGCUUGCCUGUCCCUGAGCUGCAAGCUACUUUUCUACCUCUUCGGUUCUGUCUUGGAGCGCGAGGAAUUCCGCUUUCCGCGACUCCUGCACAUCAAAGUUCCUCGCCUGUGUCUAAACAAGCCGGAUAUACCACGGAAUCAGCUUCUUCUACGGCUCGAAGACGCCCGCUGGAGACUAUGUGGCGCUUGUCUAAGGCUACAUCCACGCAAGGAAUUUCCAAUAUCUUCACUCAGAAGCCCUCCUCUGCAAACACGAUGCAUGACGUACGCCGGUAUUGUCGAUUUGUGUCCCUGUCUGUCGCUCACAUUUCGUGAUCGAGCACGACUCGUGAAACUCUUGAAAUUGCGAAGAGCACCUGACGACGCAAUCGUCAAGCCGGACCGUUGGAGAUUGUUCCAGCUCGGUGUCAACGAGCAGGGAGAGCCAUACCUGUCGCACAGUUGUUGGGUCUUGAAUGAUGCCCGCGUUCACGCCAAACUCCAGAUCAUGUUGUUUCUUGGGGAGUCCGAUAGGCUAAUAAUGCAGUCUCAAUAUCACAUACAGGCGCAAUUCCACCGUUUACGAUUGAGGGAUGGCCCUAUUCCUGCAUGCCCUCAUUGGGAGAUUCUGGAGUUGUUAAAGAUUCGUCAAAAAUCUUACAAAUGUUUCUGCGAUACUCGGGCGGAAGUGUCCCCCAACUUGCAGGCUAAUCAAGUGGUUGUGGAUGUCAGUCGGAUACUGGGUAGCUCUGACUGGCCGGCGGACCUUGUAUGGUAUAAGCAAUGCCGGCUCGUCCUCGAGGAGACUUACAGCAAGUUGAUUUUCUGGUAA